AAUAAGCUCUCAGUACGCCUACAAAACUGAUAUUAUUCUCUCGUUUGCAAAUGGUGUACGUGUAGCAGAGCGCGUUGUUCAACGUAAAGUGACCAAUCAACGUCGGUGUGUGUUGGGCAUCGACGACGCUGUAAUCUAUCCAAUUGUUCGUACACAGUCUACAGAAACAACUGUCGGUUUGGCAAGCAUUGAUUUCAUGCAAUUGACUAAAAUAACUACACGAAUUGUGUUACCCAGCAAGAUUCUACGCACUAUCAAUGAAAAUUCAUAUUACUGUGGUGUUAGUGAAGACGAGGAUGAAGAUGACAACGAUAAACGACCUACACAACAAUUAACGGCAGCCUAUCCACGUAUACGAAAGUCAGUCAACGAGGAUAGAACCGAUCACGGUACAAAGUAUACACUCGAAUGUGAAAUUGAAUAUGAACCAGACACAAACUAUGCUACAGUGCUAAUGCACGAAGAUACACUUAUGGAUAUAAUGAGUGACUACAAGAGUAAAUUGGUUCCCGAUUUGCUGUCUUUACAAAAGAUUUUCUCGUGUGUUGUACCCAAAGUGCAAAUGUGGAACUGUUUUGAUGAUAAUCAAACGUUUUUGUGGGCUUACAAGUGGAACGGAAUCAAGGCUAAAUUCAUGUGCAUUGGUGAGAAUGCCUACAUUUGGCCAGAUGCUGGUGAAAUUUACACAGACACUUGUACAGUUUUAGACAAGACCAGCGGCGCUGGUGAUAACCCGUUAACUUUGAUUAGAAAUAUGUGUAUGCAAGUUGAAUUGAUGCCCGAUUCAAUUAUUAUUGUAGAAGUUGUAGCAAUCUCCUAUUUCGAUACUGUACAUAAUCCAGAGCCACUAAUCAACGUUCGUAUACUGAACUUUCUUCGUUCAAUUCUGUACACACGCGCUGGCACACCUAGAAUUACAAUUGGAGAGAAACAUCUCAAAGUACAAACAUUUCAUCGCGGUCAACUACCGAAAACGUACGACACAUCGUGCUAUGAUGGCUUGAUUAUUGUUCAAAACGAUCUUUUGAUUAAAUGGAAGUGUCCUACAAUAGAUAUGCGCUAUGUAGGUCCUGGCAACCGGUUUUCAGUUGCCGAGAAAUUUAUAACUCUACCCGACUCUUCAUUUAUUUUGGACGAGGGCACCGACACAAAAAAUGACAACCGGUUUUCAGUUGCCGAGAAAUUUAUAACUCUACCCGACUCUUCAUUUAUUUUGGACGAGGACACCGACACAAAAAAUAAUACAAGUCGAAUUGAACCACAACUCAAUGCCAUCUAUGAGGUUGCAUCGAAUUUGAAAAUACUAAGAUUACGUACAGAUAGACGGGCGGCUAGCACAGAACACGAAUAUCGUGUGUUUGAAAAAUCACUAAAACUACUAAACAAAAGUAUAAUAGUAGACAAAUAA